UCAACGUGACCACCCACGCGACGACCUAGCAAACGCGUCUCCUCCUCUCACCUCAAAAACACCACAACCAUCCACUUCAACCUCGCUCAGCAUGGCGCAACAGAUGCGAGACCCUCGCCCUGCCCGCGACCCCACCCAUCGCUACGCCAUAUAUGGCGGCUUCCCCUUGUUCAGUCCCGGACAGUACUCGCCUGGCUCAUCAUAUGCGUCCAGUGAGCUGUCAUCUGAAGACCCCGAUCCUCGCAUGACUGCUUUGGCUCGACUUGAAAUGUCUUCGACUUCGCAGACGGGUAGCGAAGACGCUCCAGAGUCUUCUCGCCAGGCUGGCAUCGGCCAGGCCACGGAGUCUCUGACUUCACCACCCCCGAAGCCCAUCAUCAAGCCUGUGGACAGGCCCGAUCCACCCUCAGGUGAUGUGCCGCGCCUGCCAAUGCCCUCCAUGUCUCCGGUCUUCGGCCAGCAGGACAUGCCAUCCAGCCCUUCUGCCGUUUUCCCAGCGACUCCGGCUUCUUCUCUGUCCAGGGACUAUGAGCCUCGCUCAAUCGCUCUGCCCCGAUUUCCGGCACCUCCAGGCUACUCCAUCUUGAACGAGGAACAGCCACGCUCGAGCGUGCCCACUGUUUCACCGGUAUUUCCGACUUCCCAGCUCCUCAGUGAUCCUGGAUUUCACGCGGCCGGUCCACCACAGUACCCUAUGUCUCUGUACUCCUCGGCCUUUAGCCAGCCUGGUUCAAGCUCAAGUACCAUGCCCCCCCUAACGGCUCCUUCACUGGUGGUGCCUCCUCCGACGAUGCGUCAAUCGACGGUGCCUCGAUUGAAUAUGCCUCAAUUGACAGUGUCUCCUAUCUCUUUGUCUUUCAGUGAGCCAGACCUGAAUCUGGGUUCCCUGGGUCCAUUGCGAGCACCUCCAACGGCUUCACUAUUCACGAAUCCUACUCCCCCAACCAGCCAGCCGCUACUUAGCCAUGAAGCAGAUACGCCCGGCCAUUCGUCCCGGCCCAUCUAUCAUGUAUUCGCGCCCGGCACCAAUUCCGAUAGUGAGCGCUGUGGAAUCCCAGAGGAUGAGCGGGCUGCGCUGCACUGUUGCAAGUGCGGCCGUAACCGUGACAUCCACACCUUCAAUGGCGAGCACAUCCUUGGCUACGUCUAUUGCGCCUGCCAGCACAGGCCUUGCGUCAACUGCACUGUAUCCGGUAUUGUCAAGGUAUUCCAGCCCGACGAGGAGCCUUGCAUCGUCCCAGUGAGCGCCGAGAACAACGAGAUCUGGUACGGCGUCAUCUGUCGCUGCUGUGGCCUUUCCUGGCGUGCCAAAGAACAGCGUAGGCAGUCCAAGUUGCUCACCAAAAUGCCGAGUUUCUCCAUGGCGCAGCAUCACCAGAAGCGUCUUGGUGCCUGUGAAAAGGUCAACGGAAAGUUGCGUAGAGUGCGGUCUCAGCUGGCCCUCACUGGCAAGCGCUUGAUCACUCCUCCGGGCCAGAGCAAGCCGAAGGAAGCUGAGUUUGCGACCGUCAACGUCACGGGCUUCGAUUGCAACUGCGGUCAGGAGCUUGAUAACCAGUCCCUUUGCUUCCAAGUCGACGGCCCUCCUACGAAGCGUGCCCAAGUUCAACCUGACAGCCCGUUGACCAAGAAACACUGGUGGUCCACCACUCCCGAGCUCAAGGCAUUCGGCCACGGCAAGUCUUUGCUUUCGCUCGCAAAGGGCGUAAAGCACGUCAAUCCGCUGCGUAGCAAUCCGAUCAGCCCCGAUGAGGUUGUCGAGGAGCGCCGCAACUGGCACCAAACUAGAAUGCACUAGUACGACGACGAUGAGGGUGGUGAGGAACUCGCCCCCAACGGGCCUUCCGCGACCAUCUCCGCAAUUACUUACAUACGAAUGACGAUUUAUGGCACAAUAUGGAAAGGGCGAUGGGGCAAAAUAUUUCUUACCAUGAUAACAUUUCAUACUAUUUCCAGGCCCCAUGUGCCUAACGAAUAGACGGAUGGGGAUACAAUGAUGGCGGUGGAGGAUGAUACCCACGGGACAUGGUUUUACUAUUCAGUCAUCCUUGUACCGCCCUUUGUGUCUUAUACAGCCGCCCUGACUAAU